AUGGCGGGCGGGCGGCGCGGCCCGGCAUGGCGGGUCGGGGCCGGGCUGGGCGCGCUGCUCUGCGCCCUCCAUGUGCAGGCAGCCUGUCGGGACACCACUGUCACCCAGGAGCUCUUGAAAGAGGGGUUUCACAGGGACCUGCUGGUGAAGGUAGAGCUGGGGGAAGAUGCAGGAGGAUGUGCAGUGGCCGCUCAGGUGCAUCUGCCACCAGGAAUCUACGUGGAUCCCUACGAGCUGGCAACGCUGCAGCAGCACAACCUGACAAAGGCAGUGUUGUUUCCUGACGCCGUUGACGUGGAGGCUCCCGAGUACUCGGCCAAGGCUCUGGUGCUGCUGCUGUUCCUGGAGCCGGACGCGCGCCGCUCCCGCGGCUUCCGCGGCGCCGUGCCCGUGCACGCCCGCUACCACCGGCCAGCCCGGGGCACACGCGAGGCCCUGGUGCUUCUGGAGAGCCCAGAGGUGCUGCUCUGCUGCUGCCACAGUGAGAUCCUCAUUGCUGCUCUUGGGCAGUCCCAAAUCUGGCUGUGUGUAAAUGAGGAAUCGCUGCUGAGGGUUCCUGUGGGGCUCAGGGAGCACGAUUCCCUGGUGUGUGCCCUGACCCUGCUCACCACAGGGCUGUGCUCUGCCCUGAUCCUCGCUGCUGCCUGCAAGUACGGACACUUCUCGCAGUGA